AUGGCUGAACAAAGUGAGAGUAAGGUAAUAAGUCUGAAGCUGCUGAUAGAUACCAAGGCAAACAAAGUUCUGUUUGCAGAAGCAGGAAAAGAAUUUGUGGAUUUUCUGUUCCACAUUAUGUCUUUGCCAAUUGGUACAGUUAUCAACCUUCUGAAUGUCAAUAGCAUGGUGGGUUCUCUUGGAGCUCUUUACAAGAGCAUCGACUCUCUGAGUAGUGACUAUUUCCAGCCCAACCUCAGCAAGGAGACGGUCCUCAAGCCUAGAGCACCUGUUAAUGUUCCUCUGUUGUCGCUGAAUGAUGCUGCCCCAACUGACAAGAAAGUAUUAUAUCGGUGCAACUCCUCACACAGUGGCUCACAGAAUAAUGCAGCAUCUGCAAGUACUGAGGUCGGAAGUGGUGGAUAUGUGAAGGCGUUGGUAACUUAUAUGGUUAUGGACAACUUGGAAGUUAAGCCAAUGAGUACCAUUACUGGGAUUACUCUCAUGAACAAGUUCCGUGUGAAGGAUGUCUCUGCUUUGGAGGAGAAGGAGGUUCAAGUUGGGCUCAACGAGGUAAUCCUGAUGAGUGAUCCGGGAAAAGAUGAACAAAGUUAUGAAAGAAACAGUUCCCACAAUUCUGCUGUUCCUGAUGGACGAAAAGGAGGAUAG